AUGGCGCAGCAAAACGCGCGACUUCAAGCCGUCGAAGAACGCCAGCUCAAACCUAUCUAUGAGGCAUUGGACACCGGAAAUGCAAAAUCCGCAUUGACCCAAUGCAACAAGCUCCUAAAAAAGUAUCCAAGUCCACCUCCCCCAGGAUCGGCUCUUUCCGCUCCAGCCAACUCUUCAACAAACUCUCGACAGCUCAUCACGGCGCUGAAAAUCCUCGCGCUCGUCAGAGGAAACAAGCUCGAUGAGGCGAGCGCACUCACCACUGCGCUCCUCGAGGAGACACCGACAGAGGAUUCGGUACUGAGUACACUUGCACACUCGCUCAAACCUCUUGAUCGUCCAAAGGAUAUGGUGGGCAUGUGGGUCAAUGCCUGGAAUCGCUCACAAAAAGAGUGUGACGAGAUGAAGAAACGUGCCGCAAAGAUCAAAGGUUCAAAGGGCCUCUUAGAAGCGGAGAUCUCUUCCAAAAUGCAGCAGAUUGAGGAGCUAGGAGCUCAAGCGUUCAUGGCCAUGGUCAAGACGGGUCAUUGGGCCAUGGCACAGUCGACAGCCUUCAAGCUUUACCGGGCAUUUGCGCCACCAAAGGGACAAGAAGAAGCCCAAGCUCCUCCAGCUCUUCGCUAUCUCUAUUGGUCUGUCAUGGCUUCGCUCAUGCAAUCCGAUCAUCCCAACCCACCCCCUCCUGUGCCAGUUUUGGUCAUGAUUCCACCCCCAGCAUCUGUUAAGGAGUGGGAGGACAAUCGCAAAAAGGAAGAAGAAGAAGAUCGCAAGCUCCUCGAGGACUAUGUUGCGAAGCAUGGUGCACCACCACAAACAACUGGCCCGGAUCUCUCCCUCAGUCGUCGCAAGAAGCGGACGUUGGCACUCACGCUCGCUCAGCGUCUUAUUGAGACCAUGGUCGAAACAAAAGAAGCAGAGGCUAUCGGCCCCCAAAAAGUACUGAGAGGGAUGACUGUUGAACGUCUCUGGCUAUGGGGAGAUGUUCUCAGAAGAAUCGCAGAAGCUGGAGACCAGGAUAAUGGUCCAGCCGAGGAAAGCCGAUGGUUGGUACCCAAUCAGCUACUGAGCACUCCACUGGUCCAUAAUGUAGCCAAUAACUCGCUACAUCUCGAGGAACUUCGUGCCGACGUCGCUAAAAAGGCCAGCGAUUGGAAACAGGAAGCAGAGACGAUGGCCAUGAGGCUUGACAAGGGUAAUCGAAACUGGACGACCUUCUCAACGUUUUUCGAUGCUAUGUUCAAGUUCUUCAAAAAUGCGGGCGACUCGCCAAAUCAAGACAAUCUUCCUUGUCUUGUGCAAUCACCAGAACCCCCUACACCCAAGCAAGAAGGCGAGGGGGCCGACACCGAGAAAACAGAACAGGAGACUACUCCAGCUCCUGAACCAACCAAGACUCCAUUGACACUAGCAGAGACGCGCAAGUUUGUAUACAGUCUCGCAGAGAAGGACGACGCAAAGGUGCCAACAGGCGAGAGGGCAAGUCAUCUUGGUGUCCUAGAGUUUGAAAGGCGGGUCAGAAACUCUGGCCUUGCCGAUGAAGGUGCACCAAACUAUGUGGACGCGCUGACAGCAUACUUUGACAUGUUUGGCACCAAAGCCGUCCUAUUGGAGGACUUGCUCCCCUACGUUCGGGAGCUAGAAGGGGAUGAAAAGGCCAAAUGGGAUGCUCAUCUCGAAAAAAUUGUGCAGAGCACCUCGGAUUUGAACACUGUGCAGCAGACAAUCAACAUUCUCAAGCUUCAGAGAUUAAGCAGCUCGAGUGACGCAACGACCAUUGACUCGGAACUUCAGUUUGCGAAGCAUUGCCUGAAGCUAUACAUUGAGGCGUUGCCAUUGGGCAAGGAACUCGUCUCGACAGAGUUACAACCGGCCGACGACCUCGCUCUUCUCGCCGCCUCGGCACUUCUCAACGCAUAUUACAUCCAAUGUCAAGGGCAAGCACCAUCUGAGGAAACCCCAGCGCUUGCACAGGACAAAUUUGUGGCCCUUCUCCUUGACGCGCUCGUCGUACUGGAGCAAGGUGCCUCCAAGUCACGAUGGGCGUAUCCGUUCCGACUUCUACUCGUUCGACUGUAUCGGCUGCUCGGUGCUCCUGCUCUCGCUCUUCAGAACUUCACCAUGGCAAACCUGAAAGGCAUCCAGCAUGACACGCUCAGCCACCAUGUGCUCUCUCGAGCAAGCACCUUUAGUCUUGGGAGCGCUGGCGAUUUGAGUUUGAUCAACGAGUGCGUUGAGAGCAGCCAGAUAUAUGCUAUUCAUGGUGUUGAUGUAUCUGAGCAACUGGUCAAGGCCUUCCAAUUCGAACGAUAUUCGCAGAUCGCUGAAUUCGUGCUCCUCGAAGACAAGGUCGAAAACUCUUUGCAGAGGGAUCUGACCAAAUUGGAGCAUUUUAGAAUGAAGAACGUUCACGAAGGUCUGACCCCUGAGAAUGUCGAAGUUGAACUUGUCGAGCUCCGCUUCGUCUGGAGCAGAACACAUCACGACAACCGUGAUUUUGCACUUCUUCCCAACUUUCAACCCCAGGGCGCCGCAUCAAUAGAAGAUAUCACGAGUAUAGGUGGACGGCCUCUAUCGAAGCAAUGGUUUAUUACCAUGCUCCAGCUGUGGAUCCUCAUCCUUCAUGAGAGUAGCGAGCAGCUCUGGACCGAGGAAGAGCAAACCACUGUGCUCUCAAAGCUCAGGACCUUUAACGAAGCGGACCUCCAGCAAUUGACCGCGGCAGAGCAACUGUUCUUCAAGUUUAGCCGCGCAUGCAUCGCAUGGCUUGCUCCUCAUCACGCACCACUCAAACAUGCCGUCAUGACCAACGCUGUCUCUACCCUCUCCGCAGCCAAAGCGAAGUAUGCCGCAACGACCAAUGGAGCUGCGGCAACAAGUGUAACGGGCGGAGUGUCGAAUUCCAAAGCAAAGUCCAACAUUGGGAAAAAGUCCAACGGUCUGUCCAAUGGUACAGAAGGUACAGCAGCAUCUGGGGGUGAGGGAGGAAUCGGUGUGAAAGUUGGCGAUAUGAAGGUAUUCACUGGCAUGUUGACACUUCACGAACCCAUGGAAGUUCCACCCAUUCCGAAAGAUCUCGGCGAACCUGUCAAAGAGCCACCUACAGAGAUCCUUGAUAUGCUCGAUGAAUUCCAAAAACUUUUCGACGAUACUCUGGCCAAGCCUACAAGCCUUCCAUGGGAGCACCUACACGUCGCACAAAUGGUCCAUGAAACAGUUUUCGUCGCUCACCUCUUGACCGCGCGAUUCGCUCUUGGUGGAAGCAAGAAGAAGACUCACCCGAGCUUCAAGCCGCUACGAGUCAAGGCAAUGUCCCUACUCGAACAUGCUGCGCAAGAGAUCACCAAACUUGGCGACGCAAUCGACUUUUCCCCUGAAACUCGGCAGAAGUGGCUUCAGGACCGUCGAAGCAGUGGCGUACUGGAUAUUCUACCCGACCAGGAAGUUUCACAAGUUGGCAAGACGUACCUCGAGAGCAAGAAGAAGAUGUUUGAACAGCUCGGCAAAGGAAUGACCAAGGCUCAACAAACGUUGCCGAAGUCUGCCGCGGGAGUACCCGCCGGAACCAACUAA